AGUGUUAAUGGCCUGUCACUGUUUCCCCUCGCUUCUCACGCUCCAUCUUACUUCCCUUAUUUACAGGUCGCUCUCUCUAUCUCUUAAUCUCUCUUUUCCUCCUUGUCUCCACCAGCCAACCCUGGGAGCUCUUGGGGCAUCGAGAUCUCGCCGGAAUUCUCCCCUCCGGCGACCCGAACCUGGCCGGAACCUGACGCCAACCUCGCCGGAACCAUGGCUUCCGGCGGAUUCAUGGCCUACUCUCCUUCUCCCUCCGCCGCCCCCCACUCUCCUCACCUCUGCGGCAUCCGCUCCGCCACCAACGCCAUCGUUGAGCAGGAGAAGUAUCUAUCAGAGUUGCUGGCAGAGCGUCACAAGCUGAGCCCUUUUAUGCCUGUGCUUCCACACAGUUAUCGGCUGCUGAACCAGGAAAUUUUGCGUGUUACCACACUGUUGGGGAAUGCAUCUCUUUUAGAUCAAAGUGGGCUUGAACAUGGUAGCCCUCUGACCACUGGAGGAUUAUUUUCUAAUGGAGGAGCAGCUGAUAUGAAUGGGUGGGCAUCAGCAUUUCGAUCAGAAAACACUAGGUGUAACAUGCAGAGGUUGGGAUUAUUGCAGCCUUCAUCAGCACAUAGUUGGCUUGGAUCUCAAGGUAGUUCGUCAAAUCUCAUUGUCAAGAAAACCAUCAGGGUAGAUAUACCUGUGGACAAAUACCCAACUUUUAACUUUGUUGGGCGUCUCCUUGGUCCUAGAGGGUACUCUCUUAAGCGCGUAGAGGCAAGUACUGAAUGUCAUGUUCUGAUAAGAGGACAGGGUAGCAUCAAAGAUCCGGCUCGGGAGGAGAUGAUGAGAGGAAAACCAGGGUAUGAACAUUUAAAUGAGCCCCUUCAUGUAUUGGUAGAGGCAGAGCUGCCAAUUGAAAUUGUUGAUGCUCGUCUUAUGCAAGCUCGUGAGAUCCUUGAAGAUCUGCUCAAGCCCGUGGAUGAAUCACAGGAUUUCUUCAAGAAGCAGCAGCUGCGAGAGCUUGCAUUGCUCAAUGGCACUCUCCGUGAGGAAGGGUCACACAUGUCUGCUUCGGUGUCCCCCUUCCGCAAUAACCUUAGUAUGAAAAGAGCCAAGACAAGGGGGUAGAAUAAGGUUGUUGUUUGAUAGGCUCUCUCUUUGUGUGGCCGUAUUGUCUGCCUGGGCAGCUAGUUCUGUAUUUGGAGGUUGCCAUUCCAGCAUAUGCCUCUGCAUACCAUUGGGUCACUGCUUCCAAGGCCAGUCGUAAAUUUCUGUCCGUGUUUUCUGCUAUGGAGUGUGUUUGCUGAUAUAAUGCUGUAAGUAAGCCAUUUUUGGUUUUGUGAAGUUUCCCUUGCGUGCCAUUGCAAGUUGGGGACAAUGUAUAUAUCCACCUUGUUAUUGUAAUAUGCGCUUGUGCCUAUGCAGUUUUGUAACAGGUAUGCGGUGUGUAUAGAAUAAUGUAUGUCAGGUUUUUUUGUACAAUCAGGGAGACAAUAGUCUCCCAAAGGUCUUGAUGA